AGCAAAAAAAGAAAAAAAAAAAAAAAAAGAAAAGGGAAAUGGAGAAUUACGAGCUGGUGAAAGACUUAGGAUCUGGUAAUUUUGGAGUGGCAAGGCUGAUGAGGCACAAACAAACCAGAGAACUGGUUGCCAUGAAAUACAUCGAGCGCGGCCGCAAGAUUGAUGAGAAUGUGGCAAGAGAGAUUAUCAAUCACAAAUCGCUUCGCCAUCCUAACAUAAUUCGGUUUAGAGAGGUGGUGUUGACGCCAACUCAUCUUGCUAUCGUGAUGGAGUAUGCUGCUGGAGGAGAGCUGUUCGAGCGGAUUUGCAAUGCUGGACGAUUCAGCGAAGACGAGGCGAGGUAUUUUUUUCAGCAGCUUAUUUGUGGAGUUAGUUACUGCCACUCUAUGCAAAUAUGCCAUAGAGAUUUGAAGCUGGAAAAUACGUUGUUGGAUGGAAGCCCAGCACCGCAGUUGAAAAUAUGUGAUUUUGGUUAUUCUAAGUCAUCUUUGCUGCAUUCGAGACCCAAAUCUACAGUUGGUACUCCAGCUUAUAUUGCUCCGGAGGUUCUUUCUCGGAGAGAAUAUGAUGGCAAGUUGGCGGAUGUCUGGUCUUGUGGGGUGACUCUGUAUGUUAUGCUGGUGGGAGCAUAUCCGUUCGAAGAUCAUGAGGACCCAAAGAAUUUCAGGAAAACAAUCAAUAGGAUAAUGGCUGUUCAAUACAAGAUCCCUGACUAUGUCCACAUAUCUGAAGAUUGCAGACAUCUCCUCUCUCACAUAUUUGUUGCAAAUCCGUCCCGGAGGAUCACCAUUAAAGAAAUUAAGAGCCAUCCAUGGUUCUUGAAGAACUUGCCAAGGGAACUGACAGAAGCAGCUCAGGCCAUGUACUACAGGAGAGAAAAUCCCACCUUUUCUCUUCAAAGUGUUGAAGAAAUCAUGAAGAUCGUGGAAGAGGCAAAAAUUCCCCCACCAGUAUCGAGAUCUAUUGGAGGCUUUGGCCGGGAAGGAGGAGAAGAUGGUGACAUGAAGGAAGAUGAUGCAGAGGCUCAUGAAGAAAAAAUCGAUAACGAGGAAGAUGAGUAUGAGAAGAGAGUUAAGGAGGCACAAGCAAGUGGGGAGUUUCAUGUGAGUUAAGAUCCAUCCUCUCUUCCUUGCACAUUCACGGUCUUAACCUCAUCUUUUGGAUAUUUAUAGGAUCCUUUUAAGCUUCGUGUAAAACUGUGUGUCAGUGAGCUGGUCCUGAAUAAAUGUUUGUGAAUCGUAGCUUACCGGUUAGGAUGGGUGUGAAAUUAUUGAAAUUAGAGUCAUCAUCGGAGUCAUAAACUUUGAAUUCUACUGUGUUGAGCAGGAAGGACAUCUAGCUGUUUAGAUCCUUGAAUUAGGAGGAGCUUCUGAAAUACCUAUCAGAGUUAUUUACACAAAUUAUGGUUUUUGUUUGAAAGGGUUAAUAUGAUUAGUGUGACAAAUUACGGGCUUUGUAAGGAUGUCUCCUUAAGUAUCAUGUACAUUACUUCUACUAAAUAUACUAAAAGAACUAAGUUUGGUGGUUACCGUAA